UCAGCUCUCCAGAGCAGGAGUGUUACUGUUCUUUAGACCGUCAAAAGCGACGUCGUUUAGUCUUCCAUAUACUUACCCUAAUUUCAAAAUUGGGAGCGCCUAUUCAGAGAUGAGAAUGAAGAAGAAAGAGAGAGAAGUCGAAGAGUUGAGUGAAGAAGAAAAGAAAGCUCUUAGAGGUAGCAAAUUCGCACCUCUCCCAUCGUUACCUUCUUCUUCUCGUCCCCAAACCAGGUUGGCUCACCCAGGGGGACCAUUGACGACGAAUAAGGCAGCGGCCUUAGCAAAGUUUCUGGAGAGAAAGCUUCAAGAUCCCAAUGGGUUGGCAUCCAUUAAUCCAGAUCUUCUCGAGCGCGCCGUCAAAAAUGCCAAAGAGACUAUUCUUGCGAGUGCCUCAAGCUCAGGAAGAAUUAUUAAACAUGUAGAUUCAUUUGGUGACACUGAGGAAAGUUUGGAAGAAGAGAAAGAAGAAAGUUCUGAACCAAAGAAACAAAAGAAAAAGAACAAGAAAAAGAAGAGAAAAAACAAAAACGAGAAGGAUCAAGCGGGUACGUUGAUCAAAAAGCCCAAGAAGAAGUUUAAAUUUUGAUAGGGAUUGGGAUUUGCGAUUUCAACUAAUAGCCUUUCAAUUGAGAAUUGAGAGCUAUCAUGUAAGGAAACCGCCCUCACAAGCACAACAAUGUCAUUUGACAAUUUGAUUUAAACUUCUGCCUUAAAAAGUAAUAUAAUAGUUUUAGCAUUGUUUCUGAACUUUUUGUUUAGCUUUGUAUUGUCUGUGAAUGAAAUACGUUGUUAUGAAUUACUUGCUUA